AUGUCUGACUACAAUGCACUCAAGGAUAUGGGCCUAGCCUGUCCCUACGGCGGAAUCUUCUACAUCUGCGCUGACGAUCCGGAUCGCUUCAUCGGCUGCUGUACCAUCAACCCCUGCGGCGCCAGAAAAGGCCUCUGUCCCGAUAAGCAUCUCAGAGCAGCUAGCUUCAACCCGACACUUGAGCACGAGUUCCUCCCUCAGGCUUGUAUCAACGAUAACGUCGAUGUUAGUUGGUACACCUGCGUUGGAGGGGGACUUCCUUUCCUUGGUUGCUGUGCCGUGGAUCCUUGUCUCCGUGGUGUUUGCCCUCAAAGAAACCUGAGAGCAGCGAAGUUGAGUGAAAAGGCCAAGAAUGCGCAGGAAUUUCUUGAUGGAGAUCCCGAGUACACGCCAGAGCCUACGUCGUCUGCCUUAGGUUCAGGGCUAGGUGUUUCUUCAGUCAGUCUGUGUGCCAGCUCGACCACUGCAAUGACGUCCAUGAUCUCCAGCUUCAUGACUUCUUUGGCUAUGAAAACAACGGUAGCAUCGAUUCUCUCUACCACUACACCAAUUACCUCUGCAGUUACAACAAUGACCUCUACCAUGGCAAUCUUGCCUACAGAGGCUCUAGAUGCACCUCCCACAAGUCCCAAGGACCGGGGCCGGAACCGAAAACUUGGAUGGCUAUCGGUUCUUUUUCUCAUCCCAAUUCUUCUACUUCUAUUCCUUGUGUACUACAGCUGGAAGUGUAGACGCAGCCAUGAACGCAGAGAUAAACGACCCAAAGUAAAGCCUGAACAGAGGCAUGAACAGGAACAUCGACAGGAGCAACAGCAACAACAGGAACACGAAUACAACCCGAACACGCGUCCAUACCCAGCGUUCAAUCGGAUUCCCACAGGUGGUGAUUUCCGGAACAUUAGCGGACGGCCAAGCAUGAACAUCCCCCGAAGAACCCUCGAACGUCCACAGAACAUCCGAGUUCAACAACUUAAUCCUCUUAUCAAAGAUGCACGCUCCGGUGACAACAAAGAAACGAUAAAUCGAAUCAGCAAGCUCCAUUCGCCAGUGUCCGGCGAACAGCUCCAAACCGGAAGCCGUUGCCAGGAAUGA